UCUCUCCAGCUCACUUUCCAUUCAGCUUCAGCUCACACACACCCACACACCAGAGCGCUGCCAAAAGAUUGCUCAGCAUUUCACAGAGACAGAGAGAAAGAGAGAGAGAGAAAGAGAGAGUCUGAGUCAGAGCAUACUUCAAACUUAAACCACACUCAGCCCAGACACACUGUAGCUUACACACACACACACACACACAGACACGCGGUCAUACUCUUGCAGCCGGGCAGCAUGUCAGUGAUGAGGAUUGUCCAGGUGGUGUGUAUGGUGGCUUUGGCGAGCGUGGUGAAGCCUCAGGUUUACGAUGAUGCCAUCGAGGUCAACUACGCCGAUUCGUAUUACAACGAGAUCAGCGAAGGAGAGCAGAGCGAAGUGGACGCCCCCACUGACACUCCGGCCAUUCCCUGCACGGCCCCUGAGUUCAACAAGUGGGACAAGCUCUUCACCAUGCUGGAGAACUCGCAGAUGAAGGAGAACAUGCUGCUGCAGUACUCGGACGACAUCGUGAAGGUGGGCCUGCAGUCUCUGCGUGCCGAGAUACUGGAGAUCAUAGCUCAGAACAGCGGCUCUUGCAUGGCUGCUGUGGAGACCUCAGCACGUCGGGCCGGAGCACACACCGAGGAGAAACUUCUGCAGGCCCUGGAGCAGCUGCAUGACUCCGCGGCACAACAGCAAGCACAGCAUGACGCAGCACUGCAGCAGAUCCUGGAGGCCACACAGGAACAGGUGACACAGCUCGAUAAGGUGGAGAAAAACUGCAUACAUGACCGGGUCAAGAGUUUCCAGACAAGAGAUCUGGAAAAGGAAGACAGAGGACAACUGCAGGCCAUCUCUGCUGAGCUGCAAAGCCUACAAGAGAAGCUGGACUUCUACACAAGAGCCACAGCUGGACAAAUACUGCCCGCAGGGUGUGACAUGGUCCUCUUCUUCCCUAUGCGCUCUCCAAAAAUUCACGCCGAGGUAAUUCCCCAGCGCUCCAUGAAGAUCCGUGCCUUCACCAUAUGCCUGUGGAUUAAACCAACCCAAAUGCUUAACAAGACCGUCCUGUUUUCUUAUGGCACCGUGACCAACCCACUGGAGUUGCAGCUGCUGCUCAGUGGGCGUAGUGCCCUCUUCACGGUAGGAGGUGAAGCACAUUUAGUGGAGGCACGCGGUGCUGCAACCGAGGGAUCGUGGGCACAUUUGUGUGGGACCUGGAGCUCAGAACAGGGCCUGGCAUCGCUGUGGGUAGACGGCCACAGAGCAGCGAGUUCUCCUGGUGUAGCCGAGGGGCAUGAGAUUCCUGCCGACGGUGUCACCAUCCUGGGCCAGGAGUACACUGGUGAGGGUCUGGCCAAGAGAUUGGGCUUCCAGGAGACGUUCAAUGCUGAUGAGGCCUUCACGGGGAAGCUGACUGGCGUGAACGCGUGGGACCGCGUCCUAGAGGAGGAUGAGAUUUCCGAGCAGGCGCGGGAGGAUGGGCGGAGCUGCGGUUCCCGUGGCAACCUGGUAGCCUGGGGCGUGUCUCAGAUCGUGGAGAGAGGAGGCGUCAAACUCAUCUACUAGCUGCUCGAGAAAAAAAACCUGCACGAAAACUUCAAACACAUGAGUAGCCCGCUGUACUACAACUACUACACUAUCACUAUCACAUCCUGUUUAGAUCAAUGAAACCUACCCGCUUGUGGGGCAACUGUCUUCCAUUUACACAUUCCCUGACAUUACAGAGUCUUGGGAACGGAGAAAACUAUGAGAACCACAAGAACCAAAGAGCAAGGGAAAGAGUAUUUGUAAUGCCAAGUUUAAGAGAAAAUAGGGACAAUGUUCUCAUUUCAUCAAUCCCAACCCGAAGACAGCCUGUGUAUUCUUAUUGCAUUUAUCAGAAUGUUUACAUUCAGCUAACAAACUUUUUGUCCCAUAAUCUUUUGAAACUACUUUUUUUAAAUGAAGUAACUUGUUUUUCCUUUGUUGGUCUUUGUUUAACACAAAGAUGUUCGCUACAUUUUGGUAAAGGAACUGUGUAAAAUGUUUACAGAGUCUCUUGGGACUUUACCUUCGUUCUGUUAAUGUGAGGAAAUGUACUAUACUGUAUUUUUGUUAAGAGGAUGAAAUGAACCUAUAUUGUAUAUAGAUCUUUUUUUUUGUCUAUUACUGAAGGAGUGAAAUGGUGGAGUUUAAUAAAGAAAAUGGUUAAAUAUAGUAA